AGUUGUGACGUAGUAAGCAUACCCGUUAGGGGUGAUCAAACGUUUUACCUGGUUUUUAGAGAUUUGUGUGUCCGAGUUGACUACCUUGAAAAUAAAUAAAGAUCAAUGAUUUUUUUAAUGUGAUUUUAGAUAAGCUAUCAAGAGGUAAGAAAAUAAUUUAAAACAACUUGUUUAUCAAUUACAAACAACUACUUACAGGUGCAAAAAUGAAAUUUUUACUCAUUCCUGCUUUGUUUUUAAUACUCUCUAUAAAAGUUAUGGGCCAACCUAAUGUUUUACCUGCUGAUAAUGAAAGAAAAGUUAUUGUUCCCCCUCUUAUAUAUAUACAACCGAAAAGUAAUUUGACUUUCGUGCUUGGUGAAUCUAUAGAGAUGCCAUGUGUAGCAACUGGAGUUCCAGAGCCAAGAUACAACUGGACAUUCAAUAAUGUAUCUUAUGAUGCUUCAGGUGUUAACGGAAAAGUUGCUAAACAACCUGGCAAAGGAACUCUAAUCUUUGCAGAUCCACAACAAAGAGACGAAGGCACAUAUCAAUGUUUUGCAUAUAAUGAAGGGGGAGUAUGUAUGUCCAUAAAAAUAUACUUAAGAAUGGCGAUAUUAGACUCUUUCGUUAGUCGGAAGGUCACUGUCUUAGAACCAAGAUUGGGUGAUUCCCUUAAGUUGACUUGCACGCCUCCAAGAGCCUAUCCAGAACCAGAUAUAUUUUGGGCAAUUCUUGAAGAAAGAGGGUCUUUCUAUCCAAUAGAAGAAGAUGAUAGGAUAACAAUGGAUCCAGAUGGAAAUCUUUACAUAACAAAUGUGGCAGCGCGAGACAAACAAUCGGGUAAACGGUGGGCGUGUGUUGUUCAGAAUCGGCUCAUGAGGGAGAUUCGACACGGCGAAUACAAAGUUAUUGAACCAAUUUCCGGACUUCCGCAGUUAGGAUCUCCAACAAUUCUUUAUAGUCAUCCUACUACACAGGUGGCUGUGCGAGGAGAAACUUGGAAAGUUAAGUGUAUAUUUGGCGGCAAUCCAACUCCGAAUAUUGAUUGGAUAAGAGGAGAAGGUAAACCAAUACCAAAGUCAGCAAAAAUUGAAAGCUACAGCCAACAAUUGACAAUAUACGACAUACGAGAAGAGGAUGCUGGAUCGUACCAAUGCUCUGCAAUGAACUCCAACAGUCCACAACCCCAAAGACAAUCAUUUAACCUUAAAGUUGAAGCCGCACCAUAUUGGAUUCAUAAACCUAUGUCUCAAGACGUUGCCGAUAAUGAAAGAGUGGAAUUUCUUUGCGAAGGACAGGGUAAACCGGAUGUCGAGUAUUAUUGGUUUAUUAAUGAGAGGAAAUUAGGCGAUGCUCCACCUGAUCCAAAAAGAACUAAACUAAAAACCAAAAUGAUCUUUACAAAUGUAACAAAACAUGAUGUUAAAGUAAUCGCUUGCAACGUUACAAAUGCGCACGGCUAUAUAUUCGCUAGUGCUUACCUCAACGUCCAACUUGAGCCUCCGCAUAUUCGAAGAGCACCGAAAAUUGGAAUGAAAGCUGCAGAGGGUCAAACAAUCGAUCUAACUUGCGAAGUUUAUGGAAGUCCAAAACCUUUAGUUAUUUGGUACAAAGGACAAGAACAGCUAACCGGAGGAAGAUUUGAAAUACUGCCUGAGGGACACUUGAGAAUCACUGACGUUUCACUAGUUGACACAGGUACAUAUAGGUGCUUUGCUUCGAAUAGACUUGGAACUGCCUCGGCUGAAGGUACUCUGAUUGUACGAAGAAAAACUAUGAUAAGAAUUGCUCCGCAAGAUGUAACUGUUUAUGAAGGCACCGAAGCAAAAUUCACGUGUACUGCUACAACUGAUUCUGAAGAAAUUCAAAAUUUACGCAUCAGAUGGAAGAAGGAUAACGCUUACAUUGACUUUAGCGAAGCUCAAAGAAUAUUUCAGAAUUCAAUGGAUAAUUCACUAACGAUAUCAGGAACAAUAUCUUUAGAUACAAGUAAAUACAGCUGUGUUGCUGAAAACGGUUUAGACUCCGACGAAAAAACUGCUCAAUUGGUUGUGCAAAACAGACCCGAUCCACCGAAAAAUGUUCACGUGAAAUGCAAAUCUGAUGCACAACAACUAAAAGAGAACCAAGUUGAAGUUACUUGGGAACCUCGAAAAGAAAAUUAUGCUCCUAUUCUCAAUUUCAUUCUUCAGUACAACACCAGUUUUACACCUGAUAAUUGGGUCGACUAUGAAACAAACAUUAACCAGACACAAGAUAACAUUAAAGUCUUCCUUACUCCAUGGAGUAAUUUUACUUUCCGAGUAUUGGCUAGGAAUAAGAUCGGUAUAUCCGAACCUUCCACUCAUUCGAGCGAAACAUGUCUUACUGAAGAAGAUGUACCAAGUAAAAAUCCUGAUAAUGUCAUAGGUGAAGGCGAUGCUCCAAGAAAUCUAGUCAUUUUUUGGACUCCAAUGCCUCAAAUUGAGCAUCACGCUCCUAAUUUCAAAUACAUCAUCGAGUUCCGUCGAGCCGAUAUAUCAAAUUCAAAAAUUGAGAGAAAGACUGUGGAAGAUUGGUGGGAAAAUCAUUACCGAGCUGGUGAUAACCUACCAUCAUAUACACCAUAUAAUAUCACCAUUAGAGCUGUAAAUCGAAUCGGACCUUGUCCAAUAGAUCCUACAACUGUAGUAGGAUACACUGGAGAAGAACAACCAACUAUCGUUGUCGGAGCCAUAACUGUAAGUGAGGAUAGUAUAACAGAUUUUACUGCUCAGCUUCAGUGGCAACAAGUUGAUACUAAUCCUGAUCUUAUAAAAGGAUUUUUCCGAGGCUAUAAGGUUCAAUUCUGGAAAGAAGGAGAGAAAGAAAAAACAAUGAGAGAACAAGAUUUUAUUCUCCGCGAACCUGAGAAUCCCAUACAGCCUAGAAUACGCGGUCAGCAACUUUCGCGGAAAAAGAGAGAUUUAGAAUCAGUAGUUAAAGCUACUCUUACUCAUUUACCAGCAAAUUCCAGAAUUAUUGCCAGAGCUCUAGUUCUUAAUAGAUACUUCGCUAGUGCACCAAGCCCUGAAGUAUCCUUUCAAACAAAACCAGGCAAACCCGGACCUCCAUCUACGUUCAAUAUAGUCAAUCGAGGUGCUACACACUUUGAACUACGUUGGACUAAGCCCAGAGAAGUAAACGGUGAACUUGUUGGCUAUGAUAUCAGUUACCAAAUUGUUAAAGAUCUCAAUUUGGGUAGAUUGCAAUUUCGUGAACAAGUAUCCGAUCCUGAUGCUAAUUAUGCUAGAUUAACUGGUCUGAGACCAGAGACAAACUAUAGAAUAUAUUUAUACGCAGUAACAAAAGCAGGAAGAGGAGAGCCUAUAUUCCUCGAUAUGACAACGAUUCCGGCAUCGAGACCAUAUCCCCCUACAUUCUCUAUUACCGCAGUCGGUCGAACUUUUGUAAAUCUGACAUUCGAACCAUCUCGAAUUGGAAACCCCGGAAGUGUCUUCUAUCCACAAUAUAGAAUAAGAGGUUUCUAUCAUUGGACUCAUGCUCCUGACGAAGUAAUAGAUUUCAACGCAUAUAUCGGUGAUCUUGAGCCAGGAACAACGUAUCAGAUUAGAAUGAUGUCAAAGAAUGGUGAAACAUUCGAGAGUGCUAGCGAGUUCCAAGAAUUAAGGACGGAUGGUACUCGAGAAGGGAAAGCAUCAGCUAGUCAAGGCUGGCAUAUUGGACUGUGGAUAGGACUCAUUCUGGUCAUAGCAAUCUUCAUCGGCUUUAUAGUUGGUAAGAAGAGAACCGACGAAUGGUGGAAGGAUAAAGAAGAAGCUAUUGAUGAUGAAAUCCGAGCCUUACAAUCCAGACAAGCAGCGGAGCAUUUAAAUAUGGGAUUAACGAAUCAGUAUGUCGAAGGAGUGAGUCGGGAUUACGACGAUUAUUCAGCAGCUGAAUAUCGAGGGGAUCAAUAUCCUCCAGAAACUCCAGUUUCAGAAUAUGCUCCUACUUAUAAUUACGGUCAAGCAGCAAAAGUUCAUCAAGUCGAAGAUCCUCAGGAGAAAAGCUCGACUUUUUUUUCAUUGCUUGUAUGCUUUGUAAUUAUUGUACACGGAGAAGUUCAGCCACCUGCUGCCGAUAAUGAAAGAAAAGUAAUUGUCCCUCCACUUAUAUAUUUACAGCCUGACAAAAACUUGACUUUUGUUAUUGGUGAAUCUGUUGAAAUGCCAUGUGUUGCUUCUGGGGUUCCCGAACCGAAAUAUCGGUGGGAAUUUAAUGAUAGACCAUAUGACCCAUCCGGUGUAGGUGGAAAUGUAGCCAUUCAGCCAGGCAAAGGAACUUUAAUCUUUGCUAAACCAGAAACUAGGGAUGAAGGAAUCUAUCAAUGUUUUGCUGAAAAUGAAGGAGGGACUUCUAUUUCUAUAAAAGUAUAUAUGAGAAGAGCUAUUUUACAUGCUUUUGAUUCUAAAUUACCAAGAACACUUUAUCCCCGACUUGGUGCUCCCCUAAAGUUAUCAUGUACACCUCCGAGAUCUUAUCCCAAAGCAGAUAUUUUUUGGGCUCUUGUAUCAGAGAACGAUUUUUUUGUUCCGAUUGAACUAACUCAAAGAAUAACGAUGGAUCCUGAUGGAAAUUUGUACAUUACUGCUGUUGAGGAAGGGGAUAAGCAAAAUGGACUAAUUUGGGCAUGCAUGGUUAAAAACGAACUUAUGCGAGAAACUAGACAAGGCGAAUACAAGAAAGUACAGCCUUUGACUGGUCAAGUUCAACUAGGAUCACCUACAGUUCUUUAUCAUCAUCCUAGAACACAGAUUGCUCUGAGAGGAGAAACGUGGAAGAUUAAGUGUAUAUUUGGGGGUAAUCCAACACCUCACAUCAACUGGCAUAGAGCUAAUGAGCCACUUCCUGAUAGGCAUAAAUUAGAGAGUUUUGGUCAAGAAUUAGUCAUAAAUGACAUUCGAGAAAGUGAUAAUGGAGUUUAUCAAUGCUCUGGAAUCAAUUCCAAUAGUAUAAGGCCUGAAAGAUUUUCAUUUGAUUUAAAGGUAGAGGCUGCUCCGUAUUGGGUGAAUAAACCAAUUUCACAAGAGAUUGCUGAAAAUGAACGAGCUGAAUUCCUUUGCCUGGGAAACGGUAAACCAGAUGUCGAGUACUUUUGGUUUAUAAACGACAAGAAAUUAGUCGACGCUCCUGCUAAUCCUAAUAGAUUUGUGUCUAAAAAUAAAAUGAUCUUUACAAAUGUUACAAAAGAUGAUAUUCAAGUCAUCGCUUGCAACGUUACAAACACGCACGGUUAUGUUUUCGCUAGUGCUUACCUCAAUGUUCAAGUUGAACCUCCACAUAUCCGAAGGGCACCGAAAAUUGGAAUGAAAUCUGCUGAGGGUCAAACAAUCGACCUAACUUGCGAAGUUUAUGGAAGUCCAAAACCUUUAGUUAUUUGGUACAAAGGACAAGAACAGCUAACCGGAGGAAGAUUUGAAAUUCUACCAGAAGGGCAUUUGAGAAUAAUAGAUGUCAGUUUAGUUGACGCAGGAUCGUAUAGAUGUUACGCGGAAAAUAAUCUUGGAAACACAACAGCUGAAGGUACUCUAAUUGUACGAAGAAAGACAAUGAUAAGAAUUGCUCCGCAAGAUGUAGCUGUUUAUGAAGGUACUGAAGCAAAAUUUACUUGUUCAGCAAAUACAGAUUCUGAAGAAGUGAAGAACCUUAGGAUUAGAUGGAAAAAAGAUAAUGCAUUCAUCGACUUCGAAGAAGCCCAAAGACUGUUCCAAAACACAAUGGAUAACUCAUUAACAAUAUCUGGAACGAUAUCCUUAGAUACAAGUAAAUAUACCUGUGUUGCUGAUAACGGUUUAGAUUCUGAUGAAAAAAGUGCACAAUUAGUUGUACAAGGCCGUCCAGAACCUCCAACAGAGGUUUCAGUCAUUUGUAGAUCAAGCACGCAAGAAUUAGAAGAAAAUCAAGUAAAAAUAAGCUGGCAAGCUCGAAAGGAAAAUUACGCUCCUAUUCUUAAUUACAUUGUCCAAUAUAACACAAGUUUUACACCUGAUAAUUGGGCUAAUAUUGAGACAAACAUAAGCCAAACACAGGAUAAUAUUAAAGUUUUCCUAAGUCCUUGGAGUAAUUAUACAUUCCGAGUAUUGGCUAGAAAUAAGAUCGGUAUAUCCGAACCUUCUAUGCAUUCGCGUGAAAUGUGUUUUAUCGAAGAAGAUAUACCAGAUAAAAACCCCGAUAAUGUAUUAGGAGAAGGUGAUGCUCCGCGGAACCUGAUCAUUUUUUGGACUCCAAUGCCUCAAAUUGAGCACAACGCUCCCAACUUCAAAUAUGUUGUAGAAUUCCAGCGUGCUGACAUUGCAAAUUCAAAAGUUUACAGAUACAAUGUAGAAGACUGGUGGGAAAAUCACUUUCGAGCUGGCGAUGAGUUACCCUCAUACACACCAUAUAAUAUAACCGUCAGAGCUGUCAAUCGAAAAGGCCCCUGUGAAAAACAACCUGCUAUCGUUACAGGAUAUACGGGAGAAGAAAGACCAACAGUUCAAGUUGGAACAAUAACAAUUGAUGAAUCUUCUAUAACAGAUUCUACGGCUGAACUUCAAUGGAAACAAGUCGACACUAGACCUGAAGUUAUCAGGGGUUUCUUUCGAGGCUAUAGAAUUCAGUUCUGGCAAGAAGGAUCAAUGGAGGACACUAUAAGAGAGCAAGACUUUAUUCUGCGAGAAGGUGAAAGUCGUGUACAACCCAGAAUCCGCACACAAUUCGUAUCGCGUUCAAAGAGAUCACUCAAGUCUGAAGUGAAAGCUAAACUUACUCAUUUGCUUCCAAAUUCCAAAAUUGUCUGUAGGGUUCUUGUUCUCAAUAGAUAUUAUGCAGGUGAUCCAAGCUCAGAAGUUACUUUUAAUACAAAACCAGGCAAACCCGGACCUCCAUCUACGUUCAAUAUAGCCAAUCGAGGUUCUACACACAUUGAACUACGUUGGACUAAGCCCAGAGAAGUAAACGGUGAACUUGUUGGUUAUGAUAUCAGUUACCAAAUUGUUAAAGAUCUCAAUUUGGGUAGAUUGCAAUUUCGUGAACAAGUAUCCGAUCCUGAAGCUAAUUUUGUCAGAUUAACUGGUCUGAGACCAGAGACAAACUAUAGAAUAUAUUUAUACGCAGUAACAAAAGCAGGAAGAGGAGAGCCUAUAUUCCUCGAUAUGACAACGAUUCCGGCAUCGAGACCAUAUCCCCCUACAUUCUCUAUUAUGGCAGUCGGUCGAACUUUUGUAAAUCUGACAUUCGAACCAUCUCGAAUUGGAAACCCCGGAAGUGUCUUCUAUCCACAAUAUAGAAUAAGAGGUUUCUAUCAUUGGACUCAUGCUCCUGACGAAGUAAUAGAUUUCAACGCAUAUAUCGGUGAUCUUGAGCCAGGAACAACGUAUCAGAUUAGAAUGAUGUCAAAGAAUGGUGAAACAUUCGAGAGUGCUAGCGAAUACCAAGAAUUUAGGACGGAUGGUACUCGAGAAGGGAAAGCAUCAGUUAGUCAUGGCUGGCAUAUUGGGCUAUGGCUUGGUCUAAUUGCAAUAGUAGCAUUGCUUGUAGCCUUUGUAAUUGUUAAAAAGAAAACAGACGUUUGGUGGACGAAAAAAGAAGGAGAAAUAGAUGAUGAAAUCCGAGCUUUACAAUCUAGACAAGCAGCUGAACAAUUGAACGAAGGUUUGGGGAAUCAGUAUAGUGAAGGGGCAAGUAGAGAUUACGAUGACUAUUCAAUAUCGGAAUAUAAAGGUGAUCAAUACGAGUAUCCGCCAGAAACACCCGUAUCGGGAUACGCACCAUCCUACGAUUUCGAUCAACCACCAAACACGCAACAAAAUCAAGAAUCCGAAAAGAAGGGUUCAACUUUUGUCUAG